CCCGCCCUGCCCUGCGGUGCCGAGCGGCGGAAGCGCGGCCGGGGCGGUUCCGGCCACCUCACCGGCAGCAUGUCGGGCGCGGCGGGCGCGGGGACCGCGGGCUCGGUGGGCUCGGUGGUGCGGCGCUUCCUGGCGGAGUACGGCAGCGGCACGCCGAGCCGGCUCAAGGUGCUGGACGCCUACCUGCUCUACGUGCUGCUCACCGGCGCGCUGCAGUUCGGCUACUGCCUCGGCGUCGGCACCUUCCCCUUCAACUCCUUCCUCAGCGGCUUCAUCUCCGCCGUCGGCAGCUUCAUCCUGGGCGUUUGCCUCCGGAUCCAGAUCAAUCCCCAGAACAAAGGCGAGUUCCAGGGCAUCUCCCCGGAGCGAGCCUUUGCUGACUUCCUCUUUGCCAACACCAUCCUGCACCUCGUGGUCAUCAAUUUUGUUGGCUGAGCUCCAGAAGAGACCACAAGGUGCUCACUUCCUCUUGGGCUCUGAUGCCAGAUCGUGGCACUGGGACGUGCUGUUCCCCAGCAGACUCCUGCCUGCCUCCUCAGUGGAAGAGGGACACACAGGGCACACCAUUUUUCCCCACAGACUAUCUUAUGGGAGGGUCUGCAGCCUCACCACAGGUCCUGUCAUCUUUCCUGCCAAUAAAGCUCUUUCUAACCCUGCAGUCUUCUUC